CUAAAAACAAGACACGCGGACCGUGACAAACUCAACAAAUGCGUUUCAUCAGCCGGACCUCGCUGAAGAAGAGCGGGUACAUCUUCCACCUCAACCGAAAUCAAGGAUCUUUUAAGGCAUUAGAAUGUGUGGCAUAUGGGCCUUAUUUGGUAGUGAUGAGUGCCUUGCAGUUCAGUGCACCAAUGCCAUGAAGAUCGCUCAUCGUGGUCCAGAUUCUUUCCGCUUUGAAAAUGUCAAUGGUUACACCAACUGCUGCUUUGGGUUUCACCGUCUUGCUAUUGUGGAUCAGCUGUAUGGCAUGCAGCCUCUGCGUGUCAAGAAGUUUCCAUACCUCUGGUUAUGUUACAACGGUGAAAUCUACAACCACAUUAUGUUAAGGGAUCACUUUGAGUUUGACUAUCAGACCAAAGUCGAUGGAGAGAUUCUUCUGCACCUGUACGAUCGCUUUGGAAUCGAGAAGAUGGCCGCUCUGCUUGAUGGUGUAUUCGCAUUUAUCUUGUUGGACACUGCUAACAGAAAGGUUUUCUUAGGCAGGGACACCUAUGGUGUGAGACCGCUGUUCAGACUCCUCACUGAUGAUGGCUUUCUUGCUGUCUGUUCUGAAGCCAAAGGUUUAACUCAGAUCACACACUCCACGUCCACCCCUGCAAAGAUCACCCCCUUCCCCCCGGGACACUUUGAGGUGUUUGACUUGAAACUCAAUGGAAAAGUAGAGUCUGUGCUGAUGGAUUGCUUCCAUUGCUGCACAGACGAACCUAAACAUGCCUCCUAUAACAAUCUGAAGGGUCUUGGCACAGGCUUUGAAUUGGAGACUGUCAAGAGCAACAUUAGGAUCCUGUUUGAAAAUGCCGUAAGGAAACGCUUGAUGGCUCACAGAAGAAUCGGUUGCCUCCUCUCAGGUGGUCUCGAUUCAAGUCUGGUUGCUGCGACACUUGUGAAACUGUCUAAAGAAGAGCAGCUUCCAUAUCCCAUUCAGACCUUUGCCAUAGGCGCAGAUGACAGCCCAGAUGUUGCUGCUGCUCGCAAGGUGGCAGACUACAUUGGCAGCGAACACCACGAGGUGAGCUUCACGCCUGAGGAGGGUAUCAGAGCGGUGGAGGAAGUCAUUUUACACUUGGAGAGUUAUGACAUCACCACUGUGCGUGCCUCUGUUGGUAUGUUCCUGAUAUCGAAGUACAUCCGUGAGAAGACAGACAGCGUUGUGAUUUUCUCAGGUGAAGGUUCUGAUGAGCUGACACAAGGAUACAUCUACUUUCAUAAGGCACCGUCACCUAAAGCUGGUGCUGAGGAAAGUGUGCGUCUGUUGAAAGAACUUUAUCUGUUUGAUGUGCUGAGAGCAGACAGAACCACAGCUGCACACGGACUAGAGUUGAGAGUGCCUUUCCUGGACCAUAGAUUCACUGCAUACUACCUCUCUCUGCCUGAAGAGAUGAGAGCACCUAAGGAUGGUGUGGAGAAGCAUCUCUUGAGGGAUUCGUUUAAAGGCAUGAAACUGAUCCCAGAUGAGAUUCUCUGGAGAAGGAAAGAGGCUUUCAGUGAUGGUCUGACAUCCAUGAAGAAAUCCUGGUACACAAGCCUGCAGGAACACAUCAAAUCUGAGGUGAACGACUCUCAAUUGGAGAAAGCUGCUAAGCUGUUCUCGUUCAACCCUCCUACAACCAAAGAGGGCUUUUACAUCAGGCAGGUCUUUGAGAAGAUGUACCCCGGCCGCUGUGAGUGGACGCCACAUUACUGGAUGCCCCGCUGGAUCAAGGCCACAGACCCCUCAGCCAGAACCCUGUCCAUCUACAAGCCUGAUAAAGACCAGUAAUCACAUCAACCUUCAGACCUUGACUAAAGAUACAAUCACUACAGUAUACACACCUGCCUACCUAGUUUUUAGGGUGUUUUUUUAGUCUUCAUUAAAGAGAACUUAAUUUAUUACAGAUUAACUUUUCACAGUUUGAAGUUGUAGAAAAUCUUCUGCUUAUGCAAUAAUGUUAAAAAUGGAGGCCGUGUUCACUCAUCAAGCCCUUAAGCUGCCUUGCUGAACUGUAAGUUUGGUAUAUUUCUAUAAAAAUAUUGAAUGUAAACAACUUAUUUUUUUUAUUUCUUCAAGCAGAAAAAGAAAAGAUUUUGGAACUGGUGUAACUUUUUUUAAAGAACCUUUUUUUAAACCAAAAUACCAUUUUUGUAACAAUUUUAAAACUGUAAUUACAUUCACCAGCAUUGUCAACAGAAGAGUUUUAUACAAAUAUUCAGAAAUCUUCAUACUGCGUUUGAAGGAGAUUCCAACCCUGAAUGUAUUUCUAUCUUCUUUGAGAAACUAAAGAAACUAAAGUGGUUUGGUGACCAAACCACUUUGGUUAUCAUUGACUUCGACUGUAUGGACAAAAAUGGCUUUCAAAAUAUUUUUUGUCUUCAGUAGGAAGGCGGCCAUAUAGGUUGGGAAUCACGUGAUGCUAACAAUUUUUGUGGAUGCCGGUUUUCAAUUUGGGUGAAAUAUCCUUUUAAUGUUUAUUUCUGAAUGUCGUAAGUCUCUCAAAGUUUAAUACCUGGCACUUGAUGUAAUGUUUGUUUUAUUUGGUGCAUCAACACCAUAAUCUGAUAGAGAAUGACUUUUGAAUUCCAUGAAAUGGAUGUGUAUGUAACUUGAGCGUUUAAAGCAUCUUCACUCCUGCACAUUUAGUGCUCAAAGACUUGAAUUAGGACUUGAAGUAAUUGAUUUGGUAGAACUGGUCAUAGUACUGAUAAAGCUUUUCUUCAGUAUAUCUUGAGAUGUGUGUUUUGAUUAAUUGCAUUAUAUGAUUAACAUUGUAAUAUUGAUCAAACAUUACUUUUUUUUGUUAAUUUCAGUAUUGAUCCAACAACAGUGAUAUAGAAUCAACACCAUAGUGUUGCGUAACUCAGUGACAUUGCUGUUUAU